AUGGCACCAAGCUCAGGUUUCAAUAUUUGGCCUUCUGCAGAGAAAUACAAGCCUAGUACUCUAGAUUGGCCAAACCAUGGAGGCGACUUGUAUAACAGAAGAUAUGCUAACACGGAGAAGAAGAUAAGCCCUGCAACAGUUUCCAAUCUCAGUGUGAAGUGGAAAUUCUCUGUGGGAGGUGACAUAACUGUAACACCAGCCAUUGCUGAUGGCAUUCUCUACUUCCCAAGCUGGAAUGGAUAUCUUUACGCUGUUAAACAAUCUGAUGGAUCUCUCGUCUGGAAGAAGAAUGUGCAAGAGUUGACAGGCUUCAAUAACACUGGUUUCAUUCUCAAUGUCAACUCCACAGUGACAAGAUCAACCCCAACAAUCGCCGGUGACCUGCUCAUUUGUGGAAUCUAUGGUCCUGCUUUCGUCAUUGCUGUUAAAAGGUCCAAUGGGAAGCUCGUCUGGUCUACCAGGGUUGAUAACCAUACCAGAGCCUUUGUCACCAUGUCUGGAACCUAUUACAAAGGGGGAUAUUAUGUUGGAACAUCGUCGCUAGAAGAAGGCCUGACAAUCGAUCUGUGCUGCACAUUUCGUGGGAGCUUUCUUAAAUUAGAUGUCAGAACAGGAGCAAUCUUGUGGCAGACCUACAUGCUACCAGACAACUUUGGCAAGUUUGGGGAGUAUGCUGGUGCAGCAAUCUGGGGAAGUAGUCCUUCUAUUGAUGUGAAGCGUAACCUUGUCUACAUUGCCACUUCCAACCUGUAUUCAGCUCCUUCGCAUAUAAUUGAAUGCCAGGAGAGGGAAAACAAUCAAACCAUACCUUCACAGCCAGAUGCCUGCAUUGAGCCUGACAACCACUCCGAGUCUAUUGUAGCUCUUGAUUUAGACACUGGCAAAAUCAAAUGGUACAAGCAGCUAGGAGGCUAUGAUUUAUGGUUUGGUGCAUGCCAUCGACAUUUGGACCCAAGGUGCCCACCCGGUCCAAGUCCAGACGCAGAUUUUGGAGAAGCACCAAUGAUGAUUACCACAAAAAUUAAUGGGACUAAGAAAGACAUUGUAGUUGCUGUUCAGAAAAGUGGGUUUGCAUGGGCUCUAGAUCGAGAUACUGGUAGCAUAGUGUGGUCUACGGAAGCUGGACCAGGAGGUCUAGGAGGAGGAGCCAUGUGGGGUGCAGCCACUGAUGAAAAGAGGGUCUAUACUAACAUUGCCAAUAGCCAACAUAAGAACUUCACCCUAAAACCAUCUCAGAACACUACAAUUGCUGGUGGAUGGGUAGCAAUGGAGGCGCGCAGCGGCAAUAUCUUAUGGUCCACGGCCAAUGCUAAUGAUGCUACCUCCCCGGCUGCAGUUACUGUGGCUAAUGGUGUUGUUUUUGGUGGCUCUACUUACAAAGAAGGACCAAUAUAUGCAAUGAAUGCCAAGACAGGAAAGAUUUUGUGGUCGUAUGAUACAGGAGCAACUGUGUAUGGGGGGAUAUCGGUAAGCAACGGAUGCAUCUACCUCGGAAAUGGUUACAAGGUCUUUAAUGGAUUUGUUAACCCAAAUUACACAGCUGGAACCUCGUUCUAUGCCUUCUGUGUUUAA